GUUUAGGGGUAAGCUGUUCACAUAAUCCCUAUUAUUACCCUCAUUUCCAAGGGGUCUAAUUUCCAAGAAAAUUUAUCUGAGUUUUGAUCUCAAAAAUUCUCAUCAAAAGAUUAUAAUAUAUUUUUAGAACCAAAACCCUUUAACUUGAUAAGCGUUCCUCAAAUAAUCUGCAUUUGAUCAAAACAUAAUUUGCUCUGAUGUCUAGCUUCAUACUUCGUUGAGAUUAUUUUUACCUAGUCUUUUUAUUAACAACCGCAAAAUUGCCUCUCUCUGCUAAUAUGACCAAUUUUUCUAAUCCUCACUUUAUUUCUGAAACCGCUUUGGUUCGCUAUUGCUUCUAUUAGAAUAAUCGCUACCACGAUUUUCACUUUAAUUUUCCCAAUACGCCUGUUAAUACUUUGCAUCAACUGGGAGACCAUUUCCCAAUCUAGCAAAAUAGUUGAAAGCUAUUAACUCUCGCUACUCGAGAAAAUUACCUCGAGAUUUGCAUAAAAUAUCAGAGUGUUUCAGGGACAUUUUUUUGCUAAUGAUCACAACAAAAUUCUUUGGUGCGAUAUUGCAAAAAAAAAAUAAUUGAAACAAUUUCAAAAAGCAAAACUCUUUGUUGUAAUUUGAAAUCAAUAAGCAAUCAAAACAAAACUCUACAGAAAACAACAGUUAUAAAGUUUCACCCGAAUUUUACCAUUUUUGUAGUUCAGUCUUCAAAAAAGUUCAAUCUUUGAAUCUUUAUCGCCUGCUUGUUUUUAUAUUUGAAAUCACUGCUUUUAUUAGGCGUGGUAAUCUUCUGAACUUCCAAAUCAAAAAGUACCAAAAUUCGGCAAAAACAUGCCUCCCGUGAAAUCAAAAACAGUGCAAGAAUCCCGUCCUCCAAUGAACCGAAAUCCCAAGAAGCAGAACUCCACUUCCUGUGCAUCUGUUAAAAAACACGGUCGGCUAGAGAAGCAGGCUUCGAUCAAUGAGAGCGACAAAUUAGUAGACCGCAACAAGAGACCCAAAACGGAGUGCAGUCUGGAAGUGCCAGUGAGUUCGGCCAGAAGGUACUCUUUGCCGACUGCUCAGAUAAUCGAAGAGGCAAAGGAAAACGCGUACUUGAAAAAAGCACAAAAGUAUGGGUGCAACUCCGACUCAAGACGGGGAAGUCAAGCACUUCUGUCCAACAGACAGUUAAAUAGUAACUACAGCAGCAGGAGAGGAAGUCGUUGCGUGGACACUAAACAUGGCAGCAAAGGUGAACUAAAUGGGGGCACCACUACCCCCACGGGACUCCUCUCGAACCAGACCCUCCUAGUACCCAGUACAGCAGGCAGACGUCUCUCCUCCCCCAACCUCGCCCCCAUGUCCAACAGCAGCAGCAGCAGGAGGGGCAGUUUCGUCGCCACGCUCGGAUUGGGUGAACUCAGCCAAUCUUCGGCUGGAUCCCGACGCAACUCGGCAGUCGGACCGACUUUUAACUCGGGAUCAACAGGACUCCUCGGAGGUCUCUCGUCGGCACUCGCCACCGGAUCCACCUCCAACCAGCAGACCAAAAGCAGUGAACCUGCGUUGGGCUUCCUGCCGUCAAUAGGCAUCGGAGGGGGAGGGGGCGGAGGGAAGAAGGGGGGCAAUGAGGGGGGCAAGGGUAUGUUUUCAUCGUGGAUGACGGGCAGUAAAACACAGUCCAAUGCAUCUCAAAAUCUACAGAGUGGCAUGGGAGGCUCCCUUUCAUACCGGUCACGCCUGCAAGCCUACGCUGUCUGUCUAGUCGCCGGCAUGAUCGUCGAAGUACUGGGUGGUGCGAGCAUGUUUGUAGAGGUGAACAAGAGAACCCAGCUGCUGUUUCUUCUUUUCACUUUACUUGGAAAUCUCGCUAUGGUUUGCAGCACGACGUUCUUGGCCAGUUUUGCGAUCCAGAAGCGUCAGUUGAUGGAGGAGACGAGACUGAUAUCCGGACUGAUCUACUUCUUAGCCCUGUUCCUCUGCUCAGCCGUGGCCCUAGUACUCAAAAACCCCCCUCUGGUCAUGCUUGCCAUAUUUGCCAAAGAUUUCUCCAUCACGUGGUAUUCUCUUACAUACAUCCCAGUUGUUCGUUCAGCUAUGCGGCAAUGCUUGGCAGCAUGAUAACAACGACGCAAAACUUCAAAAGUUCUAAACGAUUUAAGAAAACUGAACUGAAAUACUUUUGCCCUGAUUUUGGAUUUGCAUUGCAAUAAAAAUAAUUUUAUACCAAAUUUAGCCUUUUG